GCCCCUUUCCGGAUGGCCCUAGGCGCGGGGUUACCUUAUUUCCCUCAAAGCCUUCUCUAUUUAGAUCAGUCGGCCUCGCUCCGGUCCCCACCGGGGAAGCUCCACUCUGCCGGGACUCAGCUUUGGCCGGUCUGGGCCCCUCAAGCGAGUCCUGCCCCUUCCCUCGUCGGUCUUGAAGGCAGGGCGCCCUCCCAGAGGGAUCCCCCAAGACUGCUCCCUUCCAUAUUCCUACUAGACCUUCUCAGCCCCCGGCGCUCCCUCCCACUUCCACUCUGAUCCCUCUCGAGCCCCUCCCUGCAGUCGAGACUUCUAGGGGGAGCCCCACCACUGAACACCCCCUUUCCCACUUUCCUACCCCUCCCACUCAACCCUGGACUUUCCUGGGACCGCCCUGACCCCUCCCUGGAAGCCCCCCCUUCUCCGAGGGACAGCCCCUGUUCGGUAGCCGCGGUCCCGCUUUUAUCCUAGCCCCUCCCUCGGACAGCCCCUGGGCCUGUGACCGAGUCCGCACCGCCUCUACUAGUCGCAGCAGGCCGAGAAUGACUGAGGGGCUGCCUACGGUUUGCGGCCUGCCAGAGGGAGGGGGCAAAGAAGGGAGGGGGCGGGGCUGAGGGGGGCGGGCCUGGACGCGGGGAGUGAAAGCGAAAGGCCAGGCGGCGAGCCGGGAGACCGGAGAUCUUGCAACUGGAGCAGCAUGGCCAAGCCUAGUGGGGUGCGCCUGAGCGGGGAAGCCCGCAAACAGGUGGAUGUCUUCAGGCAAAAUCUUUUCCAGGAGGCAGAGGAGUUCCUCUACAGUUUCUUGCCACAGAAAAUCAUACACCUGAAUCAACUCUUGCAAGAGGACUCCCUCAAUGUUGCUGACCUGACCUCUCUCCGGGCCCCACUGGACAUCCCCAUCCCAGACCCCCCACCCAAGGAUGAUGAGAUGGAAACAGAUAAGCAGGAAAAGAAAGAAGUUCCCAAGUGUGGCUUUCUCCCUGGAAAUGAGAAGGUUCUUGUCCUCCUUGCCCUGGUUAAGCCAGAAGUCUGGACUCUCAAAGAAAAAUGCAUUCUGGUGAUCACAUGGAUCCAGCACCUGAUCCCCAAGAUUGAGGAUGGAAAUGACUUUGGGGUGGCAAUCCAGGAGAAGGUGCUGGAGAGGGUAAAUGCAGUCAAGACAAAAGUAGAAGCCUUCCAGACAACCAUUUCCAAGUACUUCUCAGAACGCGGGGAUGCUGUGGCCAAGGCCUCUAAGGAGACUCAUGUAAUGGAUUAUCGGGCCCUGGUGCAUGAGCGAGAUGAGGCAGCCUAUGGGGAGCUCAGGGCCAUGGUGCUGGACCUGAGGGCCUUCUAUGCUGAGCUUUAUCAUAUCAUCAGCAGCAACCUAGAGAAAAUCAUCAACCCAAAGGGUGAAGAGAAGCCGUCUAUGUACUAGUCAAGGGCCAGAAAAAGAAAAUAAUAACAAUAAUAAUAAAUGACCUAUGCUUUGUGU